CGGGGCGGACGCUCGCGCCCUUCCUUCCCUCCCCGCCUCCGAGUCGCGGAGCGCUCUGGCUCUUGGGCCGAUAUGGGAGCCGCUUCGUGGGCAUCGUCGCCCCUGCCGCCGCGUGUGUCUCUCCUGCUGCUGCUUCUGCCGUUCCCGGGGCUGCCCGUGGGCUCCUGGGACCCGGCGGGUUACCUGCUCUACUGCCCAUGCAUGGGGCGCUUUGGGAACCAGGCUGAUCAUUUCUUGGGCUCCCUGGCAUUUGCAAAGCUGUUGAACCGCACCCUGGCUGUACCUCCUUGGAUUGAGUACCAGCAUCACAAGCCUCCUUUCACCAAUCUCCAUGUGUCCUACCAGAAGUACUUCAAGCUGGAGCCCCUCCAGGCCUACCAUCGGGUCAUCAGCCUGGAGGACUUCAUGGAGAAGCUGGCACCUACUCACUGGCCCCCUGAGAAGCGGGUGGCAUACUGCUUUGAGGUGGCAGCCCAGCGAAGCCCUGAUAAGAAGACAUGCCCCAUGAAGGAAGGAAACCCCUUUGGCCCAUUUUGGGAUCAGUUUCAUGUGAGUUUCAACAGGUCUGAGCUUUUUGCAGGCAUUUCCUUCAGCGCCUCCUACAAAGACCAGUGGAUCCAGAGAUUUUCUCCAGAGGAACAUCCAGUGCUUGCCCUGCCAGGGGCCCCGGCCCAGUUCCCUGUCUUGGAGGAGCAUAGGCCGCUCCAGAAGUACAUGGUGUGGUCAGAUGAGAUGGUGAGGACAGGGGAGGCCCAGAUCCGUGCCCACCUCAUCCGACCCUAUGUGGGCAUCCACCUGCGCAUUGGCUCCGACUGGAAGAACGCGUGCGCCAUGCUGAAGGACGGGACCGCCGGUGCCCACUUCAUGGCCUCCCCGCAGUGCGUGGGCUACAGCCGCCACACCGCCGCCCCGCUCACCAUGACCAUGUGCCUCCCCGACCUGAAGGAGAUCAGGCGCACCCUGAAGCUCUGGGUGACGGCGCUGAACGCCCAGUCGGUCUACAUUGCCACUGACUCUGAGAGUUAUGUACCCGAGAUCCAGCAGCUCUUCAAAGGGAAGGUGAAGGUGGUGAGUCUGAAACCUGAGGUGGCCCAGAUCGACCUGUACAUCCUCGGCCAAGCUGACCACUUUAUUGGCAACUGUGUCUCCUCCUUCACUGCCUUCGUGAAGCGGGAACGGGACCUCCAGGGGAGGCAGUCCUCCUUCUUCGGGAUGGACAGUCCCCCUCAGCUGCGGGAUGAGUUCUGAUCCUAACUGGAGGAUACCGCCUGUCUGAGUUGUUCCCUCCAGCCAGGCCUGGCAGCCAGAGGUGCUCCCAGGAUUGAUCCCCAAGGAUCAGAGAACAGAAAAAAGUACCAGGGACUUCCUGGAGGAGGAGGAAGACAGUCCAUCUCCCAGGGCACGGGACUUCCAAGCUUCUAGUAGCCAGACCAUCUCCCUUUCUCAUGUGCUCCCUGCUGCUUCUCCUGGGAAUUUCUCACACCAGCAAAGCAGUCCAACAUCUGUCUUUUUGUCUGCCCUGCUCUGAGCAGCCUGGGAUGCUGAACUCUAUUCGGAGAGAUUUUUUUAUAUAGAGAGAGAGAUUUUUAUAGUUUUGAUACAGGAUCAUUACUCCCCUAGAACUCUCCCUCAUUUAAAAAAAUCAGUGAAGUUCAUUAACAUAGGUACCUGAAGUGACCUUAACAGAAUGUGGAUAAGGCCAGGGGUGGGUGGGUGUAUUGACCGCUUUUCCAGAUGACCCCCAAAGUGACCCUCAGACUCAUCCCCACUGCCUGGCCAGAGCCAUUGUCAGCCCCCCUUUCCUAGGCCAUUGCCAGGGUUUGGGGCACAAACACUUUUCUCCAUUGUACACACUAUGCAAAUAGAAGUUAUCAAUCACAGUGCUGUCAGUACCCCGAAGACGGCUAAGUGCUGCUCCCACAGCACAUUCCCGGCAAGGAGCACCUGCCAUCAAGCCAGACCAUCAUAUUGCUCUCAAAGUCUCUUGGUAGUUGGUGGCCUGCCACAAACCUGGCACCGUCAGGGUUUCAUAACACCUCACCAGGGCCAGGACUUGCUGGUUUGGCAGGAUCCUUCUGAAGUCUCCUCUUCUGAUCUCAUGUCCCAAGGGGCCUGGUUGUAGAAUUUUGCCAUUAAGCUGCUAUCCAAGGCCUGUCCUCCCAGCCUUCCUCCUGCAGUUGGAGCCCUCAGACUAUAUUCUCACAAGGGAGUGUUCACUAAGCCUCUGACCAGAUCAAAGAUGCUCAGUCCCCAGGAGCCAUUGGAUUCCCAGGUUUUUUUGCCCAUCUCAUCCAGUAUAAUCUCAGCCAAGCCCACGAGGCUUAAGGUGUUAACAGUCAUAAGUUUCUUUGUCUCUCAGAUGCUGUAGUUUUAAAAAUCCAUGACUCCUGAGAGUCUGAUUUUUUGGCCUUGUGGUUCUAAAAUUCAUGUCUUAACACCUGUCGAUUACUUCCCCGCCAUCUGGCCUCCCUCAGAAGGCCACAGUCAGUCCUGGUAAAGUAGAGGAGAUUGAUGAGAGCCAAGCCCAGAGCUCCAUGCAGUGGUGUCCCUUGGGUAACCUUUGGGAAGAGAUUCUUUGUUUUCAUGGCAGACUGAAUCAGAGGCUUCAGGGCAACAAGGAUCUCAAACACCAAAGGUGGCAUUCGCUGCUUAGAGCUGCCGCCCAACUCUUAGCAGGAGAAACUAUACAGAAAGGGCAUUUGAAUUUUCCUUCUGGGGGAACUGUUUUAAAUCCUGGGUGGACUCUGAGAGGUGGUUUAUCUGUUCAGACUUGUUCACGAGCCUCACUGUGGGACGUGGGAACCCCUGCCUCCAUCCGGCGGUUGGGGGCGUUUGGCUUUCCGCCUGAUGUCAUUUGCUGCCCUACACUAGGCACAUGCCUUAGAGUCUGCGGCUCUAAUGGGCCAGCCAAAUCCUCGUGUCUCUGAAGGUGAGGGUGCUGGAGUUGUAGUCAGAUUCAGUGUGUUUUGUAGGCAAGUACUUUCUUCCUUUGACCCAGUUUCCUCACCUAUAAAAUGGUGAUAAAACUGAUGGGGUUGUUGAACAGCCCCAAUCAGAUAAGAGCCCGUUGUAAAUGUGAAAGAGACAAAGGCAAAUACAUGGCUGUUGAUAAUUUGACUGCCUCUCCUUGCAUGCCUCCUUUGUGCCAGGCACUGUGCUUGCUAAGUGCUUUGUGGACAUUCUCUGGUUUAG